AUGUCAUAUACGAAUUUGAAUCAACAGAACCAACCACAGACUAAUCGAUUAUCGCUGCAAGUUGAUUUCGACCAAUCUGGUACGUUCGACGUCAUUGUCGCAAACGGAUUCGAUAUAUCCUAUCAAGACAACAGCUCAGCAAGUGGCGACUACUUUGCAGACAAGCUAGAGAUAGGCUCAAAAUCGUUAAACAACUUCACUAUGGGCCUGGGGAAGAAAACGGACGUACCGUUUGGCCUGAUAGGAGUUGGCUACGCUGGAAACGAGGCAUCGACGGAAACCGCAAACGCGAUAUACCCGAACCUGCCCAUAGCUAUGCAGGAGGCUGGUAUCAUAAAUUCUGUUGCCUACAGCCUGUGGUUGAAUGAUCUGGGAGCUAGUACAGGAAAUAUUCUCUUUGGUGGUAUCGACACCGAGAAAUAUGUAGGACACUUGACAAAGCUUCCCAUACAACCCGAAAAUCAGCAAUUUACCCACUUCAUUGUUUCCUUGUUCUCUCUUGAAGCCACCAGCCCUAGUGGAAAUGACGUUUUGACAUCAAGAGAGCUACCUUUGAAAGUGGUCCUCGAUUCUGGCACAACUCUCAGCUAUUUGCCUCCGGAUAUGGCAGCCCAAGUUUGGAGCGAAGUAGGAGCAACCUACGAUGAUAUGUCUUUCCAGACAGCCAUCAUACCAUGUUCUUACGCAAGUCACGCCGGCCAUUUCUCUUUCGUUUUCUCUGGGCCUGAUGGUCCACGCAUCAAUGUCACUAUGGAUGAGCUUAUCCUGCCAUUGACAGAUGGGGAGCCACCGACGUUCUCAUCAGGCCCUCAUAGUGGCCAAGCCAUCUGCGAGUUCGGUAUUCAAAAAUCAUCGGACACACCAUGGCUUCUAGGGGACACGUUUCUACGAUCUGCCUAUGUCGUCUAUGACUUGAUGAAUAAUGAAGUAGGCAUUGCACCAACUGAUUUCAAUUCGACAAAGUCAAAUGUCAUAGCAUUUGCGAGCAAGGGAGCGGCUAUCCCUUCGGCCACUUCAGUAAACAAUGGCAGUAAAUCGGGAAUACCGUCGCAGCCAACCCAAACUGGUCUAUCUGCUGCAAAAGGGUUUCAAGAAGGCAGUUUGGCCUGCUCACUUGAAUCGCUGUCAGUUUUCUCGUUGACGUUUAUCAGCAUGACCAUUACCGCCCUGUUGAUGGGCAGCCCAAUUUUUACGGAUUGA